GAGGAGGAGGAGGAGGAGGAGGAGGAGGAGGAUGAGGAUGAAGAUGAAGAACAGGGCAGAACUUAGCGGCCCUAAAACCACCCAAUGGAAACCGACGGAUGCCCAAACGGCCGAAACUUCAGUCAGAAAACAAACGUGUUCCAGUAAGUUCCUCACCUUCACAGACCUCCGACUACGUUUGGAGUCAGGGUUGUCAAUACAAGAACGACAGACCGAGCAGUUUUUGAAGUAA